CGAUUGUGACUACAGGUAGUCUUGAAUUCGAGGCCUUUCUGCUGCUUCCGGUGAACGCAUUGUCAACGGAAUACUUCAUUCCUUCGUACCGACCAUAUUCUACCAAUACGUAUAUGUCCCAAUUCUUAAUCGUUGCCACCGAAACUGACACGACAGUGGAUAUUGAAUUUCCCUCUACAUUUACACCAUGGGCAAAAGGCCGCAUUAAGAUUGAAUUGCAAAAGUAUCAAACAUAUCUGUUUCAAAACCGAAUGGACACCACUGGAACACUUGUCACUAGUGAUAAACCAGUUGCUGUCUUCGCCGGUAAUUCCUAUGGUGCAGUGCCUGUCAACGGCACAGGCUAUGGAUAUAUGGUUGAGCAAGUCCUACCAACCAGGUUUUAUGACUUCAAGUUCAUAGUUCCUGCAAAUAGCCCAGGCGACGACUACUACAUCCGCAUUUUCUCCAUUUAUGAUGACACGAGAGUGAACAUGUACAAUUCAACUACUCAUGACUCCCACUUCCUGAAAAGGCUUGAACAAUAUGAGCGCCAUUUCAUGGCGGAACCGACCGUGUUGCUAGCUGAUAAGCCCAUUUAUGUGAUGAUUUACUCAACUAGCAAUUUCAUGAUGACUGCGCAGGCCAUGUCACAGUUUCAGUCUGAGUAUGAAUUCACCCUUCAAGGCAGAUAUAAUCCUAACAUCAUUGCUGUAACUAUCAAGACAGCAGAAAUCAGUGAACUAUAUCUUGACGGCAACAAAGUUACCAUAGACAACCCCAAAGUCACCCAGGUCGCAUCCCCUCUGCAUGACUACAGUGUCCUAUACAUAUCAAUCACUGAAGCAACAAUUCACCGAAUCCAUCACUCUAGGCAGCGACAGUUUGGAGCAGUACUGUACGGUACAAAUCAGUAUGCGUACGGAAUGCCUCUUCAGAUGACGCUGACAGAUAUUGGAUGUUACCUGAUAAAUGGCACGAACAGUACGUUCGACCCAGGACAAGGGUCUCACCAUGGGUCUCAAAUCGACUACCAAGCUUCUGGUAAUGGUGUUCACUGCUUCAAUUGUGACGAUAUGACACACCUUAAGUAUUGCGACAGGGUGACAACAUGUAGGGAAAACGAGGUUUGCUACGUCCAGAGCUACUCCAAGGGUCUCGACGCCAUUCGCUACAAGUCUGGCUGCACAAAUAAGCUACGUUGUAGGAGUCACGGACUAUCCGGCUGCUUUGAAUGCUGUAAUGGGAGUUACUGCAAUAUACGAGGGUGUAAGGAUGAUGGUAUGGUUGGGAUAUCUCAGAGAGGGCCGUUCUGUUUUGAAUGUGGUCACACUGGGGCCGGAGAUGUAUGUGAAACCGUCCGGUUGUGUUCCGUGACUGAGGCGUGCUUGAUUGAGGAGUAUAAGUGGGGUGAAAAUGACAGACACUUCAUUACGGGAUGCACUGACGCUCAGCUGUGCAGUAAUACAAGAAAACGAGCCGUGGCUGAGCUGGACAGGAAGGGAGAAUAUGCCGGUCUGCUCUCACUGUUGUACAACAGAUUUCUGCAACUCAAACUGCACAGAUGCCAGCAUAAUCCCGGGUGUAAUUGGGUGAAGGAUGUUCCAAGCUAA